UACCGGUAUGUGGUUUUUCAAUUAAUUUUGCCGUAUACUACCUCAUUCGCUUAAAUUAUAGAUGUCACACUCAUGUAUAGAAAUUUAACCAUUUUAAAUAUAUCUUUUCACAGCGUACGGGAAAAUUAUAAAUCAACGAAUAGGCAUGAUGAGAUUCUUACUUACUCUGCAAGUCGUCUGCGUUCUGUUUGUGGCAGUGAAAGCAGACGGACACAGCGAGCUUAAAUUGUCGGAGUACUUGUGGGAAGAAACGUACCAAGAACAGCAAGCCGCUCUCAACUCGAGUUUGAUUAAAGGAAUGGUAUCAACAAAGCUAAAUCCUGCAAGUUUUGGUGCAUAUAUGAAUCAAGAUGUUGUGUAUAUCUACAAUGCCCAAAGACUGAUUCAGAUUGCGUUACAAAGAUCAAAAGAUCCUCAGCACCGACAACUACUGCAGAAAAUGUCUGAAAGCUACAGAGAGUUAUACGAAUACCUGUUGGUCGCGUGGCGAAUAAAGUAUCCAAGUGGAAUCAAGCUCGACGGACCUUGCUCUAGGUACCUGAAUCAUUUAUAUGACAUGGCCAUCAACUAUCAUACAAUUUAUUUCGUCACCGCGAUGAUACCAUGUUACAAACUUUGGCCAUGGCUCGGGAACCAGAUUGGUUCCAAACAGAAAAGUUUCGGGGUGUACACACAGUGGGUUGAGGAAAAUUUAGACCCUAAUUAUGCCGGUUUCACUGAUUUGGAGGAGGUGAUAAAUAGAGCGGAUGAGGUUGGCAAAAUCGACCGACAGAUGGCGCUUCGCACUUACAAACGUAGCAUGGAGAAUGAACGCGAUUUCUUUUCAUCUGUGCCUUAGUUCUAAUCAUAUGCUGUAUAUAUUGUGCAUUGUCGUGAAGUAGAUUAGAUUUUGAGAGCUAAAGACACUACAGUGUGACGUCAUACUGGUAUUUAUAAGCAGGGCUUGAACGCAUCUUGUUUGUUAAGUAUAUGCUAUUUUGUUUAAUCAGUUUUUUUUUUUCUACUUUUUAGUUAUAAGUAUUCACAUAUUAGACAGAAGUCUUUUAUAAAUGCAGCUCUAAAAUAUCAGAAUAGUUAUGUCCUCUUAACACAAAAGAAAUUAAAUAACUAAAAGUGCAGAUCUAUAAAUGAUGGAACAAACACUGAUCAAAGAGUUAACUGCUUCUUACUUAGAUUAUGUAUUUUACAUGUAAUUGACACUUUUUUUUUUUAUUUGCACGUAUAGUUAUAGACUUACUACUUUAUUGAGUACGCUUAGGAAACUAUUCACAAUGCUUUUUUUAACAAAAAUAAAAAAUCUAGGACUUAAACUACCGCGUUUAUAUUAAGGCAGGUCAUGAGUACAGUUUUUCCGUAAGGAAUAUACGUAUGUAAAUUCUCCGCUUAUCAUAUUCGUGUGAUUGACUGGUUUUAAUGUAUCCGAUCCACAAAUAGAUAACAUUUCGAUGCCUGAUGACCCCAUGUUUUUUUCGGUAUCAUUUGGAAGAGUUGUGUCUGUUGAACAAGAAUUAGUAAAUAAGAUUACCAUAGUAAUGUGCACGACUCACUACAGUCAUUUUUGACUGCGAAAUGAUAAAUCUUACACUGUAAUAACUGGAUUUCUGUUGAAAUAUCAUUGAAUACGAGGGGUGUUUCAUAAGUAAUGCAACUCGGGUUGUAACUUUUUAUUUGCCGCAUUUUACACAUUUUAAAUCAAUGCAAUCCUUCGAAGUACUCUCCUUCAGCACUGACACAAAGUUUCAGUCUUUUAAUCCAAUUCUAAAAGCACUUUUUAUAGUCAUCAAUAGGUAUGGCUUUAAGGCACUGACUUAUUGCUGAGCCCAGUGCACUAUGUGAGCCAUAACGUUUUCCAGAGAGCACCGAUUCAAGACGCGGAAACAGAAAAUAAUCACAGGGAGCCAGAUCUGGAGAAUAGGCUGGGUGAUACAAGACUCGUACUUUAUGUUGUCCAAAUAUUCAGUCGUAAUGUGAACCUUAUGAGAAGAAGAAGAAGCAUUAUCAUGGAGAAGAGAUAGAUCUAUGUGCUUUAUGCCGCUUUUAGGUCGACGUUUCUUAAAAUAUUUAUUCACUUUCCUCAAAAGUACAUUAGUGUAAUACUUAGCAGUCACACUUUUUCCUUUAGGAACAGCAACUUGGAUGGCGGGUCCCUGAACGGAAAAGAAAAUACAGUACAAAACUUUCCUCACAGUUGCUGUUCUCUUGAAAAUUACAGGUCUCCUGGAAUGCUUUGAAGCCCAUACAUGAUUGGAAUAUUUCCGUUUAAGUUCAAAGAAGUGCAUCCACGUUUCAUCACCAGUUAUUAAAUUAGAAAAGGUUUUACUUUCAAAUUUUGGGUACAGCUUAAUUAAACGUUUAGCCUUUUUAACACGGUCUCGUUUUUGUUCAGGUGUCCGUAAAUGGGGUAUCUAACGCACAUAUUUUAUUCACUUUCAAUAUUUUGCGCAGAAUAAAGUGAACUCGUGCAGCUGAUAUCCCUGAUCUAUGGGCUAAUUCGCGCAAAGUCAAUCUAGCAUCUUCCUCAAUAAAUUCCUUGAUUUUCAUAACACCUUGCCUAGUCGUGACUGAUUUCGGUCCUUCACACUUUGGAAGGUCUUGUAACUGUUCGUUUCCCGACUUGAAACGAGAAAUCCACCUGGUAACUGUGCUAUACCAUAUCACAAAUCUCAUUGUAAAUGUUUCGGCCACUUAUUCCUAAAAUAUUCCUAGCUUUGAUAUACCCUCUAAUUUCAUGCCACUUUUCGGAACAUGUUCCUACCAUUUUACAUGCAGUGUUAUGACUACACCUAAUUCAAAAUAAUCUUGUUAAAAAUUGUUUCAAUAUUAUUUUGUAAAAUUCCAUGCAUGGCUAACCGAAUGAUAUACCUUUCAAUAAAACCUGAUUUAACGACAGUAGCGCACGUGGAUUUCGAGAUUGAGGCACAGUUGCAUUACACAUAAAUCACCCCUCGUACUAUAAACUAAAAAAAUUUAAUUUUUGUCAUGUGAUUUAUAUUUUCUUUUUCAGUAGACAAUACACUUUCAAAUGAUACCAAAAUUAUAUGAGCUUACCAGACAUCAAUAUUUGAUAUACUUUAAUACUCCGCGGCACUGUUUGCUUAUUUGUGGACCCGAUACCUUAAUACUUGUGUACAUUAUUUUAUCUCAUAGCAUAGCAUCCUCUUAUUAGACAUUUUCGAAUUAAGUCUACGUGGACUGUUAACACCUAAGACGAUCGAUUUUUCAAGGGGACCGUCUCAACAUAAUAAUUUUAAUUUAUGUUUGGUAGGAAAACAUUCCUAUAAUGAUGGUAAGGUCUGGCUUAUUAUGUCGCCGAACAGGAUAAGAUUUUUGUUUGUUUGUUUUGGGUUUAACGCCGUUUUUCAACAGUAUUUCAGUCAUGUAACGGCGGGGAGGAUAAGAUUUGGAUUUGUCUUUCCGGCUGUCUGUUUACCAGAGAAAUGUUUUGUUAUAUAUAUCGCAAAAAGUAUUUGAUCUAGCGUCAUAACACUUUCCUGAAAUGUUAUUCAAUAUUAUAAGUUGAGCAUCUGCGUCUAAGUUGAAUAGAUGAGCUAGUCUGAUUGCAAUGUAUCCAUAUUCCAUCGUCGUCGUCGUCGUCCGACAUGAAAAAAUCUAAACUGGGUCAGCUGGGAUCAAAAUGUAGGUCAGUAGGUAAGUCAUUGUGAAAACUGUGGAAAACGUAAUACUAGUAGCUUGCGCCUCCAUUCCUUUGUUAUUAUUAUGAGGGGACGUAUUUUGGGAUACCUCAGGUGUUCACCUGGCCGUCUGUCUGUCUGUGUCCGUCUGUUCGUAAGCAAUUUCGUUUCGUCUCCGUUCUGUAACUCGUGAACCCCUUAAAGGAUUUUAAACAAACUUGACAAAUGUUCUCCACAUCAAGACGACGUGCAGAGCGCCUGUAUCAGCUUUAAGGUCAAGGUCACACUUAGGUGUCAAGGUCAUAUGACUUUGUUUCGUGUCCGCUCUGUAACUCUUGAUCUGUUUGAGGGAUUUUAAAGAAACAUUGCACAAAUGUCCACCACAUCGAAACAAGGUCAAUGUAACACUUAGAGUGGGGUCAAAGGUCAUGUAACUUUGUUUCGAGUGCGAUGUGUAACACUUGAACUGCUUGAAGGAUUUUAUAGAAACUUGGCACAAAUUUUCACAACAUUAUGACGACGUGCAGAGCGCGUGGCUCGUUGUAAUACUUUUUUUGCGAUAUGUGUAGCAUAUUUUUCUUUCUGAUGGACAGAAACACGGAACAAGAGCUGUCCGUAAGACAGCGCGCUCGACUUUUCUCAGUGAUUGACUCUGAAUUAGAGCUUUGCCAGUAAAAAGAUUCUUAGUUAAAACGGGACAUAACUCUGUCAAAAUUCAAAUCAGAGUAAUGAGGAUUAAUUUUCUGCGUGAAGACUUUGACAGUAAAAACGUAUUCUAAGUUUCAAGUCAAAAGCUUUAAUAAUAACAGAGAUAUUUGACAAAAAUUUAUCCAAAAUGAUCUAUGUCAAAAGGGACAUAAUUCUGUCACAAUUCAAAUCAGAGUUAUGGGAACUGAUUUUCCUGGUGUAGACUUCGAUAGUAGUUAAGAGGGGCAUAAUUCUAUCAAAAUUCAAACCAGAGUUAUUGGGAUUAUUUCUCCUGGUGAAGCCUUUGAUGGUAAAUAAGUAUUUUAAAUUUUAAGUCCAUUUCUUUGAUAAUAACAGAUAUAUUUGAGUUUAUUAAAAAUUUUAACCGAAUAUUCUAAGUUAAAAAGGGGCAUAUUUCUGUCAAAAUUCAAUCAGAGUAAUGAAGAUUGUUUUUCCUGGUGUAGACUUCGAUAUCAAAUAACUAUUUUAAGUUUCAAGUCAAUAGCUUUGAUAGUAACAGAGAUAUUUGACUUUAUCAAAAACUUAAACCAGAAAUUCUAAGUUAAAGAGGGGCAUAAUUCUAUCAAAAUUCAAAUCAGAGUUAUGGGGAUUAUUUCUCCUGGUGUAGACUUUGACAGUAAAUAUUUUAAGUUUCAAGUCAAUAGCUUUGAUAGAAACAGAGAUAUUUGACUUUAUCAAAAACUUUAACCAACGGCGACGCCGACUCCGACGCCGGAGCGAGUACAAAAGCUCUAUUUUUUCUUCAAAAAGUCGAGCUAAAACAGGCACAUCCGAAUUUAUAUCACCUACCGCAUAGUGAUGAUAUAGUAACCCAAACCCUAUUGCCGUUAUAAACUCCUUUUCCUACCGCCCAUAAUAUAAUCAAAUUAUGUUGAGAUGGUCCCCUUGAAAAAUCUAUCGUCUUAGGUGUUCACAGUCCACGUAGACUUAAUUCGCAAAUGUCUAUUCCUAACUUAAACGAUUUUAAGUUUAUAACAUCAUGUACCACAUAAUCAAAUGCCUAAGUAAAAUCAAAAUGCUACAAAAAGUUGUUUUUUAUUUGUAUUCACAUAUGAUUGAAUAAGGAGAAUGUUAUCUCUCGUUUUAAUUACUGUGUGCAAUAUAUUAAAAUGAUUUAAAUAUAUAUUCUAGAAGAAAGUCUGAUAUCUACGAAA